AUGAAUAAAAGGAACUCACCAAGACCCAGGAGGUUCCCGAGCGUAAAGGCGAGGCAGCAGAGAAGACGGCCUGCGCCGCCAACACCGGAAUGGAUAGAAUCAGCGAGAAAGCGAAGAGCAUCGGAAGAUGGAGGUUUAGAACAACCAGCACCAGUCAAACAGAAAACAAGCCCGGCAGUACCAACACCACCAGUAGUGCCACCAGUACCAGAGCCGGAGCCGGAGCCAGAGCCGGAGCCAGAGCCAGAGCUGGAGCCAGAGCAAAGGCCAAAGACAGGGCAAGGGCUGCCGGACUGGGGAUGGAUAGAUCCGUUAUUAUUUGGAAAGACCACAAACGAGGAGCCAGCAGUAGUGAAUCCUCCUGUGACGUCUUCGGAGACAUCGUCGGGACAAAACCGAGGAAUGGUGAUCCCAGAAGAUGUACUGGCGGAGGUGGUUAAAGGAGUGCAAGGCUAUGGAACCCCAGCAGGGCCGAUAAAGAGGGCGGAAGAGCAGGUCCAACAAGAAGAAGAUGAUAGCCAAUUACCUCCGUUGGCUGACUUUUUAUAUCGAUUUGGAUUGGGAUUCGCUGUGGUAAGAAACUAUGUGGAAAGGGGCCUCUGCGGCGUGCAGGCAUUAGUUGAUAGUCUAAUUUGCCAAGAUAUCCUCCCUCCCGGGGUUCGGGUUCCGAGAAUCCAUGAUCUAUUAGACAUAUAUCGGCAAAAUGCAAGUAGAGGCUUAUAUGAUGUCUCAUUUUCGGUCACCCCAGAAGACCGAGACAUGCCGGGGCCGUUUCAAGCGGAGAUAUUAUCGCAUGUUAUAAGCGAAUGGAGCCGCCUUCACAGCAGCCCACCAUUUCUGCCAUAUGAGGAGAGCGAAGAGAAUCGGCUUCGACGACGGGUUCCGCCCCUAGUAGCUGGUUUUUACAGCGAAGGCCAAAGGCCGUUUGCGAUGCAGAUAACUGAGCCCGGAACUCGAAUUGUUUGGAUUCACAACUCUGGCGAUCACUGGGAAGGUAUUAGGCCAGGUUUUAAUCAAGCGGCCAUCAAUGAGAUAUUUAGAAAUUACGGCCAUGAAUUAUUCCAGAGGGAAACCGCACCACAAUGGUUCAUCGACAUAGUUCAACGGAGACAAGAGCGAGGACGGGAGCUGGGACAUCUAUUUCCAAAACAUCGACCAACUGCAGAGGAAAGCCGAUUUGCAGAGGAACAGCUCGGAUUAUUCGGUGCGUCACCACCACCACCACCCGCGCGAACCCUGCCGGCUACAGCAUCUGCGGCAUUGGACAGAUUGGAAAGGUUGUACCGGGCAAGACGGGCAAGGUAUGGACACAGAAGAUAA